AUGGUUGUCGCUACCAUCAAGUGUGUCGUGGUGGGGGACGGUGCAGUCGGUAAGACCUGUCUGCUCAUCUCCUACACAACCAACAAGUUCCCGUCGGAAUAUGUUCCUACUGUCUUUGAUAACUACGCUGUGACGGUAAUGAUCGGUGAUGAACCUUACACUUUGGGUCUCUUUGAUACCGCCGGUCAGGAAGAUUACGAUCGUCUCCGCCCGUUGUCCUACCCCCAGACCGAUGUUUUCCUGGUCUGCUUCUCCGUGACAUCCCCCGCCUCAUUCGAGAACGUCCGUGAAAAAUGGUUCCCUGAAGUUCACCACCACUGCCCUGGUGUUCCCUGCCUGAUCGUCGGUACCCAAACUGAUUUGCGAGAUGAUGCGAACGUGCGCGAGAAGCUUGCCCGUCAGAAGAUGCAGCCUAUCCGUAAAGAGGAUGGCGAUCGCAUGGCUAAGGAGCUCGGUGCAGUAAAGUACGUCGAGUGUUCUGCUCUGACACAGUACAAGCUGAAGGAUGUCUUCGAUGAGGCCAUCGUCGCUGCUCUCGAGCCUGCCCCUAAGAAGAAGUCUCGGGGCUGUCGCCUGCUGUAA